CCGGCGAAAUUCUUCGACACCCUUGCGGUAACGUUCCAAACGCAACAACUAGUUCAAAACUAUUUGGUUAUUAAUAAUAAAUUUAUAAUAAAUAAAAACAACGCGCCAACGCAGUGUAUCGCUUCAGCUUUAAUUGUCGCUUAGUUUCAUUAUUAAUCUAAGUGUUGCAACGACCAGGGAAAUACGGUAGGAAAAUGGCGGAGCGUGGCUCGCGAUUUUCGAUUCGAAUUUAGUAUUGUGUGAUACGAACGAUAUAGAAUUGUCGUUAAUAAAAAUUAUAAUAAUAUUAUAAUCGACAAUGUCACAGUGGACAUUUGUAUUCGUGUAGAUUUUCGUGACUGUACUGCAAGGACAUUCUAAAAUCGAUAUUCGUUCGGCUAUGCCGUCACGACCCUAGCUCUUGCCGGUCGGCCGGUAAUAAUAUAAACUGCAAACGCUAAAAGGUUGCUGUACAUGUCAGAGAAAGAAGAAGAGUAGUCUCGCGUCCGUCGAAGAUAUGACAACAGAGACGGCGACGCCUAACCAGGCGGACGCCAGCACCGCGUUCCUGCGGGCUGCGCGCGCCGGCCAGAUCGAGAAGAUCAUCAGCCUCCUCGAGCAGGGGGUCGACAUUAACGUUAGCAAUGCUAACGGUCUAAAUGCCAUCCAUCUCGCGUCCAAAGACGGCCACGUGGAUGUGGUCAGGGAGUUGCUCGACCGCGGCGCUGCCAUCGACGCCGCUACCAAGAAGGGUAACACUGCACUGCAUAUUGCCUCGCUGGCUGGACAGGAAGCCGUUGUCAAGCUAUUGGUGCAGAAUGGGGCUCAGGUCAACAUUCAAUCCCAAAAUGGGUUCACUCCCCUCUACAUGGCCGCACAGGAGAACCAUGAUGGUGUGGUCAAGUUCCUUCUCGCUAAUGGCGCUAAUCAAAGCCUAGCUACAGAGGAUGGCUUCACACCGCUGGCAGUGGCGAUGCAGCAAGGCCACGAGAAGGUGGUGGCUGUACUGCUAGAGGCAGACACUCGAGGCAGGGUCCGUCUACCUGCCUUACACAUCGCCGCCAAAAAGGACGAUGUUAAAGCUGCUAAUUUGUUACUUGAGAACGAGCACAACCCCGACGUGACUUCCAAGUCUGGUUUUACGCCGUUGCAUAUAGCGGCACACUAUGGCAACGAAUCUGUGGCAAGGUUGCUACUUGCCAAAGGAGCAGAUGUCAACUGCGCGGCCAAACACAAUAUAUGUCCUCUACACGUUGCCGCCAAAUGGGGUAAAGAUAACAUGGUAGCGCUUCUCUGCGAUAACGGCGCUAACGUAGAAGCCAGGACUAGGGAUGGUCUUACUCCUCUGCACUGUGCGGCGAGGUCUGGCCACGAGAGGGUCGUGGAGGCGCUGCUGGAUAGAGGCGCGCCUAUUACUAGCAAAAGCAAGAAUGGCUUGGCUCCUCUGCACAUGGCGGCGCAAGGUGACCACGCUGAAGCAGCCCGGGUGCUGCUGUCCCGACGGGCGCCAGUCGACGACGUCACCGUUGACUACCUCACCGCGCUACACGUGGCCGCUCACUGCGGACACGCCAAAGUGGCCAAACUGUUACUGGACAGGAAUGCUGAUGCGAACGCGCGAGCUCUAAACGGAUUCACCCCAUUGCAUAUCGCCUGCAAGAAGAACAGAAUCAAAGUUGUUGAGUUGCUGCUCAAAUACGGAGCCAGCAUACAAGCAACGACUGAGUCAGGGUUGACACCACUUCACGUGGCCGCGUUCAUGGGUUGCAUGAACAUUGUCAUUUAUCUUCUCCAACACGAAGCCAACCCUGACGUGCCUACGGUCAGGGGGGAGACGCCAUUGCAUUUAGCUGCAAGAGCCAAUCAGACUGAUAUCAUUAGAAUCCUGCUUCGCAAUGGUGCAGCAGUUGAAGCCAAAGCUAGGGAAAGACAGACACCUCUACACAUCGCGUCACGUUUGGGCAACGUGGACAUUGCAGUGCUGUUGCUGCAACACGGAGCCGACGUGAGAGCGAUGACCGCCGAUCAUUACAACCCGUUGCACAUUGCUGCUAAACAGCACAACCAUGAUGUCGCGGCGGCGUUAAUCGAGCACAAUGCUCCACUUACGGCGACUACCAAGAAAGGGUUUACAGCCUUGCAUCUCGCUGCAAAAUAUGGAAAUUUGAAGGUAGCGAACUUGCUAUUGGCUCAUGGAGCUUCACCAGACCAGGCCGGCAAGAAUGGCAUGACUCCUCUACAUAUCGCAGCGCAGUACGAUCAACAGGCUGUGGCCACUACGCUGCUCGAGAAAGGAGCUGAUGCUAAGGCGAUAGCCAAAAAUGGCCACACACCGCUACAUAUAGCCGCUAGGAAGAACCAAAUGGAAACUGCGGCCACUCUUCUCGAGUACGGAGCAUUGACCAAUGCUGAAUCUAAAGCUGGCUUCACACCACUGCACCUUGCUGCUCAACAGGGUCACACGGAAAUGUGCUCGUUGCUAUUGGAGCACGGAGCCGAGGUAGAUCAGCAGGCUAAGAAUGGCCUUGCAGCCCUCCACCUUGCUGCUCAGGAGGACAGAGUGCCGGUCGCUCAGCUGCUAGUGAAGAAUGGAGCUGAGGUUGAUAUUUGCACAAAAGGUGGCUACACACCGCUGCAUAUUGCCAGUCACUACGGACAAGCGAAUAUGGUUCGCUUUCUACUUGAUAAUGGCGCGUCUGUGAAAGCUCAGACCACACAUGGGUACACUGCGUUACACCACGCCGCUCAGCAGGGCCACAUUAACAUCGUUAAUAUUUUGUUAGAACAUAAAGCUGACGCGAACGCCACAACUACGAACGGCCAAACUCCCCUGGACAUAGCUUCAAAGUUAGGUUAUGUGACCGUGAUGGAAACACUGAAGGAAGUGUCGGAGCCAUCGAUAGCACCCGCUUCCCAGGAAAAGUAUAAAGUCGUCGCACCUGAGACUAUGCUUGAAACUUUCAUGUCCGAUUCUGAAGAGGAAGGAGGUGAAGAUACAAUCUUAAACGACCAGCCGUACAGAUAUCUGACGGCUGAUGACAUGAAGUCACUUGGUGAUGACUCUCUACCAAUCGACGUCACUAAAGACGAGAGAACAGAAUCGGCUAUGAGUCAUAAAAACAUCAUGGAUAUAUCUCAAGGCUCCGUGAACGGCAUUCCGUACCAGCCCCAACAAGAGGUGGUGGUGAAAAGCAUCAGCCGGUACAGCACCGCGCAAGCGCCUGAGGGAUACUGCUAUAAUGUGGACCCCACACAGCCCAAGAAAAAGCUCCAGUGGAAGAAUUUCCUGGUAUCGUUCCUGGUGGACGCGCGUGGUGGUGCACUGCGUGGUUGCCGCGGUGGUGGCGUCCGCGUGAUAGUACCACCGCUAUCUGCUCAACAACCCACGAGGAUCACUUGCAGAUACUUAAAGCCAUCUCGUAUUAAUCAUAUGCCACCCCUAAUGGAAGGAGAGGCUCUAGCGGCCAGGGUAUUGGAGAUGGGACCGGUUGCAGCUAAAUUUUUGGGGCCGGUUAUAUUGGAGGUACCACAUUAUGCAUCUCUACGUGGAAAGGAACGGGAGAUCGUCAUACUGCGUUCCGACAACGGGACGAGUUGGAGAGAACAUAAUGCAGACGCCACGGAUGACGUGGUUCAAGAUAUCCUGCACGAGACCUUGGAGAUUGAAGAAACAAAUGAAGAGGAAAAAGGCUGGGACACACCGCGCAUUACAAGGAUUUUAACACACGAUUUCCCACAGUACUUCGCUGUUAUAUCACGCAUACGGCAAGAAGUACACGCCAUUGGACCAGAAGGUGGUAUGGUGUCAAGUUCAGUGGUGCCUCAAGUGCAAGCUGUGUUCCCCCAGGGCGCUCUCACCAAGAAAAUCAAAGUCGGCCUCCAGGCACAAAUAAUAGAUUCAGAACUUACCGCCAAACUUCUUGGGCGCGGUGUAGCUGUGUCUCCAGUAGUUACUGUAGAACCCCGAAGAAGGAAAUUCCACAAAGCUAUAACGUUGAGCAUGCCAGCUCCAAGGCCACAUACUCAGGGGAUGACCAAUCAGUAUAGUACAUCAUCUGCUCCCACAUUAAGACUACUUUGCUCCAUAUCAGGGGUAUUUCGCAAACGAUCUCUCGAAGGAGGCACGAAUCGAGCUCAUUGGGAAGACGUUACGGAGAACACACCACUCACUUUUGUAAAUGAUUGCGUAUCAUUUACCACAACCGUCUCAGCUCGGUACUGGUUGAUUGACUGUCGCCAUAUAGAGGAUGCUACGAAAAUGGCUACAGAAUUAUAUAGGGAAGCAAUCCACGUGCCGUUCAUGGCUCGUUUUGUGGUAUACGCAAAACGUACGGACGAAUGCCAAGCGCAACUUCGCAUGUUCUGUGUAACAGAUGACAAGGAGGAUAAGGCAUUAGAACGGAUCGAACGCUUCAUACAAGUCGCUAAGAGUCGAGAUGUUGAGGUUCAUGAAGGUAAACCGAUUUAUUUGGAAUUUGGCGGAAAUCUAGUGCCGAUAGCGAAGUCUGGAGAGCAACUGUCGAUUCCAUUCCGGGCAUUCCGGGAGAACAGAGUUGCUUUCCCGGUAAUGAUAAAGACCCAAGACUUGGAACCUAUCUGUAGAUGUCAAUUUAUGCGAGAUCCUAAGGUUCCCAAAGGUGAACCGUCGCCAGCACCUAUUGCGGUACUCAACAUAAUGGUGCCUGAUGAUACUGUAAUGGAGAGGACUAGCCCAAUACCAACGGAUACGGUGCCACGCCGUACCGUGGAACAAGAAUUAAUAUGGCGACAGCGACUCAGCGAUCCAAGGUUGGAAGAUAUAUGUAAUCUCCUGGGCAAGGAUUGGGUGGCUCUGGCUUAUGAACUUGGUGUCAGUGUUGCUACAGUGAAUCAGAUUCAAGCGAAACGGAUUACAGCACCUGAGCAGGCGCAACUUAUGCUCAAGCUUUGGAAGACUCAGUCGGGAACUAAAGCGCAAGAUAAUUCACUUGAACUGGCUCUUUGCCGCAUCGGCAGAGAUGAUAUCAUUGCUCCACAAUCGGAAGUCACAAACGAACGACGUAUUCAGCGUAACAUAUAUCAGGAAAGACAAGCUUCUGAAGAAAUUGAGGCUUACAAAGCGGAAGAAGACAAUAAACUUAAAGAUAAAAUAUACGAUGAGAAUCAAAUAGCCGAACAUAGAGAAUUAGAACACGAUCAAGACGAGGCUAAAUAUUCACCAGAAGAAAAAUCUAUAAUAGAUAAGAGUGAGAUAGAAAGAACUCCUACGCCUAGUGAAGAAAGUGAAGAGGAUGAAGAUGUAAAGCGCAGUGUAGCCGAGAGAAAGGAACAAAUAACCAGGAAAUUAAGUUCCAGUAAAAUACCAGCAUCUAAACAAAAAAAAGAAAUACGUGAAGAGAUUAUUGAGAUUAAAACACAAAUAAAACCAGACAUUAAAAAGUUCCAUGAUAUUGAACAACAGGUAAAGGAAAAAGAACCAAAGUUAGAAAAGACUAGGUCAAAAACUUCACCAGAUAUUGUUGAAGAAGAAAAUGAAAUUGAAAUUCACAGAGAAGAUAUUAUUACAGUUAAGAAAGAAGAACCAAAACCAGCAGAGAGGCCUAUAGAACAAUUUAGAAAGUUCGAUCCGUCAUCUCCAGCUAAACCCACACCAAAACAUUUACAAAGACAUAUGAGAAAUGAAUCAAUGAGGUUCCCCUCCGGUGAUUUUUCGAAUGUAACUAUUACACCUCGAAAAUCAGUGACUGCUGAUACUACGGAAGUAAAACAGAUCACAGAAAGUAAAAUUGAUAACUUUACAAAAGAAGUAAUAUCUCAAAAAGAAAUUGUAAGUUCUAGAAUGGAAGAAAAAUUAGAUGAUGGUGAUAAAUCACCAGAAUUAAUAACAGAUGAUAAAGAUAUUGCGGAGGCCACAUUAAAGGAUAAAAUAAAUUCAUUUGAAUCUAAAAUUAUAAAAGAACCUUCAAUAGAAAUACCCAAGACAACGGUAAAGUUAACUAAAGAAGCUUUGAAAAAGCAUACGAUGGAACAAGACCAAGGUAUUGAAUAUACACAGGAAUUUGUUAGAGAACAGUCGAAACAAAUAUCUACUAUGGAAACGCAUGAACACAUAACUCACAAAGUUUUAAUAGAAUCUGAAAAGCAUGUUGAAGCUGUCAAAUCUGUUAAAGAAACAAUACAAUGCUUUGAUGCAAAAGGAAAACUAGAUGAUAAAUCUAAAUCAAUUCCAAAAACAAUGAGAACUGAUUCUACACUCGUUCAAGUAUCAUCUGAAGAAGAUAGUGAAUUUUUAAAGAAAUCAACUGAUUCGGAAACUGAAACUGAAUCACAAACAACUAUUAAACUGGAUAAAAUGUCUAAAGCAAAUAUUGACAAAGAAUUAUUUGAAAAACGGGAAGGAUUAAAAGAUAGUUUUGGACUUCGUCCUAAAGAUUUUAAAUCAUCUGACCAAAAAGACGAUAAAAGCACAAAACGUGGCGAUGAUGACGAUGAUAAUGAUAAAAAAGGAGAUCAAGCUUUUUCAGUUAAAGUUAAAAAAAUAGAAAAACAAAUGACGGAAGAAUUACGAACUAAAGUGAGCGAGGAAGAGAUAAGUGAAGCAUUAGAGGAAAAAGAUGUAUCUGUUAGAGAAAGUAUAAAAGAGAUGAAGAUUGAAACGCAACAAUCAAUAGCAAGUAUGAAAUCUGAUGUUAGUAAACGUACUAAGACCGACUCAUUAGGAUCAGAUAUACAAGAUAUAAAAUCAUCUCAAGAAUCACCGAUUCCGUCAGUCAUAGACAAAGCCGACUCCUUAGCUGACUUACAGCAAAGUACAGAGAAGGACUUUAGUUUUAUUUCACAAACGGAAUCUAAGGUUUACUCAAAAGAUUCUAAGCAUCGAAGUGAUUCACUUGACGAAACAUCACAGUUUUCUGAUUUAGAAGAUCAGAUAGGUACUAGUCCAGCACACAGACCAACAUUAGAUAAAGAAUCAGCAGUUAUAAAGACAGUUACAACUGCAACAGUGGACAAAACAGAUUCAACAAAAGUGCAAACGUUAGAGUUUUUAAAAUACGAAAGUGAAUAUAGUGCACAAGUGGAUGGCUCAACGUAUAAUAUAAAAGAUCAAGGAAAGAUAUCACCGAAGGAUUCGCCUGUUAUUAGUGCAAAAGCACGUCAGUUUAUAGAGACGGUACCUGAAGAUGAUUCUGUGCAGGAAUGUUUCUUUUCAAAACGUAUAUAUUCAGACUCAUUGGAGGACUCCGAACACACUGACUCCAGACGACACUCGGAAGCCGAAUCUUUAAAAUCAGAUCAAUCAGAUGUAAAAUUAAAAGUAUCUUCAUCGGAUUUCGAUGAAAGAGCAGAGUACGAAGAAACAGCUGAUUCUGGUAGCGGUUUUGGUGAUGAGAAAUUUGAAGAAAGCGUCGGCUUUACUUCGAUGAAAAUAGAUUCAAAAGUGCUUGAUUCCGAAAAACAAGAUUCAGAAUCAGAUAAGGAAACUGAUGUCAUAUUUAAGAAAAUGGGACCAAAACGACACUCUAGGACUGAAUCCGUAUCUAUUUCUAAGUUAAGUGACUUGCAAGUUGACAUAGAAUCAUCGAAACCAAAACAAGAAUUUCAAAUGAUUGUAACUGAAGCUGAGGAAGUUGACAAAUCGUUUGAUAAAGAUGAAGUAUCAGAUAAAAUUUCAUCUGAAAGUAGCAGAGAGAUUGAAAUAUCUGAUCGAAAGUCAUCUGAAGGGAUUUCGGAUAAAAUUAGUUCAGAAGAUGCCGUGACAGACAAAAAAACAUCUUCUGAAGAAGAAGCUGCAAAAGAGGGUGAUCGAAUAUUAGAUCAAGAUAAAGAUGUAGAACCCAUAGUUAAAGAAACGAUUACAAAUAUAGAAAAAGUUGAUGUUCACGUUGAGAAAGUUCAAAUAUUAAAAGAUGAUACUAUUGAAAAGGUUGAUAUAGUAAAACGUCAGUCGGUAACGUCAGCAAGCUCAGGAUCAGGAGGUGAACUACGUCUAGAAGAGAAGCGACUAUCAGAUGCUCAUAGUUUAACUGAAUCUAGAGAUUACACAUUCGAAGAAUCAGAAGAUGAUAUUGGUACACAAGGAACCCAUGUCGAUAUUUCUAAAGAUAAAGUUGAAUCAAAAUAUGAAACAGAUUCUAAAACUAAAAUGUCGACAGGAAUAUCAGCUGAACAAGCUAAAAUUGCUAAGUUAACUCAUGGUGAUUCAUUAGAUGAUGUUGAAGGCUUUCCAGAAGAUCACGUCACUGAUUAUGUUCCUAAACUACCACAUAUUGCUGAAAUUGGAUCAUUAUCAGAUAAAAAUAUGAUGAGUGAAUUUUUAAAUAGAGAAAGAGAAGAACAAAUAAAACGCGAAACUAUUCCUGUAACUAAAAAGGAAUCAAUAAAGUUCUCUACAGAAAAUAUUGUGUUAGAUACAGAAAAGGAUGAGACGAUACCAGAAAUAUAUACAAAAGAAAUUGAGACACAUAUUUUAACUAAACAAUUUGAUUCUAAAGGCGUUACUGAAGCCACUAGUUUUAAGAAAUCGACAGUUUCAGUAGAAAAACAUACAGACGAAACAAAACAAGCAACAGUUAAAACUAGUAAAUUUGAUGUGUCUAAAAUUAGAACUGAUACUCUUGGUAAAUUUGAUGCUAGUGAUGUCGAAGAGUUAAAAGAUAAAAAGUUUGCUCCAAAAGAAUUGAAUUUAAAAGAAAGUACAGAAAUUACUAAAGAACAAGUUAAACCCGUAAUUGACGAUAUCUUACAGAAAGGAAGUAUUGCUGCAGCAUCUCGUAGUCCUAUUUUAGAUAAAGAUAUAAAAACUAUUACUAAAGAUAUAGUUGAAUCUGAGAAAAGAUCAUAUGAUGCUAAGGUGCCUCAUAAAGAAGAGAGAAGACAUUCAUGUAUUAGUCCUGCAAUUUCUCUUGAAAGAAUAGCAGAAUCUGAAGUAGAAACAGAAGAUGAAGUACCUAAAAUAGUGAGUAAUAUAAUAACAGAGACUAAGGCAACUGAAACAAAAUUAGAAAUGAAAAAAUCUGAUUCUGCUAUGAAGCAAAUGGCAGACAAUAUUGAGAUUAUUAUAAAGCAAGCAUCAGAGGAAGUAGAUGUAUCUCUAGAUGAACCAUUGAUUGAACCAUCUGAGCCUCAAAAUCAAGAUAUUGCAGGUCAAGUGUCUGUUGAUUCCAUUAUAGAAGAAGCUGUUACCACUGUCGAAGAAUAUUUAGAAUCUUCAAAAGAGGCAAAAGAAAGAGAAAUAGAGGCGAAGAAAGAAAUAGUUUUUGAAGAAACCAAAAAAUUUGUAAAGGAAAGGCCUGGAUUAAUAAAGUCUUUGUCUAGAGAUAGCGGAGAAAUAGUAAUAUUACCCAAAAAAAAGCAUCCACGUACAUUUUCAGUUCAAAGUUCACCGGAGGAAGUUGAAGAGCAGAUAUACACUGAUUCUGAAUCAGAUAUGGAUAAAGCAAAAGUUUUAGAAAUAAUUGAACCAAUUUCUGAUCUCGAUGGUAAAGCAGUGGAAACUAGUUUUGAUGCACGGAAGAUUCGAACAGACUCUCUGGAUGACGCUGAUGAUUUUCCAGAAAAAGAGAAUGAAGACUUUGGAGAUGAUGGAAAAUAUGUAGAAGAACUACCAGAAACUUUUGAUACAGUUAAAUUUGAAGAUAAGCCUCAUACUUCGGCUCAUAUUGAUGAUGAUAAAUCCUCAGAAAGACUCAUUAAAAAAACACAAUUUGUAGAUAGAAUAUUACAGUCAGAUUUAGUUUCAAAAUCUACUACAGAAUCUUCAGUAACAACAGUUAUAUCUUCGCUUACAAAAUCGUCAGAUGAAGAUCAAAUAUCAGUACUUGAAGAUGGAACAUCAGCUGAGUUUUCUAAAAUAAGUGGAGCAGAUCUCGUUAAAGAUCCUUCUAAGAUUUCUUUUGAUGCAAAAGAUGAUUCUAGAUUUGAUGAAGCAGAUGAUCGAGGAACUCCAGAUUUAUCAAAGAAAUCAAUAGACUUAACAAAAGAUUAUUCAAAAUCUUCCAUUGAUAGUAAAGAUACAUCUAGAGAUUUUGCUACGAAUGAGCUAUCCAAGGAUUCAACAGUUGAUUUAACGAAAGACUUUUCAAAGGCAUCUGUAGAAAGUGUGAAAGAAUAUUCAAAGUCCAUCGACGAGAAAACUUUCUCUGACGAUCAAUCCUUAUAUGAUGUUUCUAAGACAUUAGCAUCUGAUGUAUCUGAUGCUCCUCCUGUUAGUAGAGAAUAUAUAGAAGAAGAAAGAUCAAUAUCAAAAGUUUUUAAAAUAUCAUCAAGUUCUUCCCAAGGAACUUCUGUUAUGGCUGAAAGUAGUAAAUUACUUGACGAAGUGGAGGACAGAUCAUCAGAUAAAGUAAAGACUGAAUCAAUUGAUGUAGAAAAAGAUUUUAUUGGGGAAAUUGAUGAAAAAAUAGCAGAAUUAAAAUCUGAAUUCGAAAAAGAGGAAGAAAGCACAAAGUUAACUCUUGAACAAUAUGAUGAUAAAAGUCAAAAUGAAAAAUCUAAGGAUCACGGUGAAAAAGUCUCUGAUGAUAUUCCUGAUAAUGUAGAAUUACAUAGAAGAUGUUCUAAUCUUUUAGAAGAUAUUUCUCAAGGAGCAUUAAUUAGAAUAGAUUCCAGUCAUGUUACACAUGAUCUAGUAUCUAAAUUCUCGAAAACCCCACCUCCGUCGCCAGUUGAUCUAAUAGUUAAAGAUAAAUCUAAAGUGGAGGAAGGUACUGGUGAUAAGCAAACCGGGCUACAACUAAGAGGUUCCGAUUCUUCGUUCCUGGAUGCAAGCCGUCAGUCACCAAGGGCAUCGUCAGCUGGAGAUAGCCUUAUUAGCGAAACUGAAGCACAUCAGAGCGAUGUACUGAUGGAGGCAUCCAAGGUACUAAGUGAAGCUGCCAGACCAAAAUCUCCAGUUAAACAUCUAGCAGAUAAUUUGUCAUUUAUAAAUGUUGACCAACCGACAUUAACUAGUGGAGCUAUAGAAUUAGUUGACAGAACUAUUGAAAAAAGUAUUGAUGUAAUCGACCAAAUAAAAAAAGAACAACUUGCAGUCAAAAUGGAAGAAAUGCAAAAAUCCACUUCUUCAACUGAUACUUUUUUUGCUGAAUCUAGAAUUGAAACAUCGACUUCAUCUUCUUCAGUACAUAAAACGUUUGAAGGUUCGGAAUUGAAAUUUCAGUCAAUUGACCCUGAUGCAGUUAUGUCUGAUAUGGUUGCUAAGUUUAGCACACAAGACGACUAUAAUACCAUAUUAUCACAUAAAGAAACUGAAACUCGCAAAAUAUCUGGUCAAGAAUUUUUCUCGGAAACUAAGCAAGUAUCAUCUUCCGAUGAUGAUUCACUAAUUAUAAAAACUGAAACAAAACACGAAUUACGUGGUCAAGAACACGAAGUCAAAGAAAAAACAACAAUUCGCAGAGACGGUGAUCAAACUGAAACUUCUCAAAAGAAGAUAGAAAAAGCUCAUGAGGCUACAGCAAAACGAUCUGACUUGGAAACAAAAACAGUUUUCAAAAGUACAGAUGAUACAGAUAUCGUUAAAGUUGAACGAGAGUUUUCGGAACAAGGACUAUAUACAGGUCGACAAACUAAAUCUGAAGAAAAAAUGACUGCUCUCAAAGAUGAAACUAUUAAGAAAAGACACGAAGUUAAGAUUUCCGAAAGAGAUCUAUCGCAUGAACAAUGGGGUAAAGAGUAUUUUACUGAACCAGGAGAAUUAGAAAAUAUUGAAGAAGAUGAUGAUGCUAAAUCAAGAAUAGCAUUCGUUGAUUCAUCUCUUAAAAUAAUAGAGAAAGAUGAAGUUGUAUCUAGUACUGAGGUUUCAGAAAAGGGUAGAAUAAUUAGUUCAAAGAUUGAACAUCAUAAAGAAGAGUCAGUUAUUGAAAGUAAAGAGCAUGAUGAUCUUAGUUCAGAUGCUUCGCAUGCUCCAAGUUUUAGAAGUGAAACAGCUGAAAGAUGUGGUUCUUCUGAGGCAAGUCCAAAAAGUAAAUCAAAAUCUUUCAAAAAAGAUAAUGAAGUAUAUGAAGUAGAUUUUAUUAAAGAAAUUAAGGUAUCCACAUCGCCGGUUAAAAGUACGUUUAGCCGUACUGGAAGUCAAGACACCCAUUCUGAAUCAGAAGUUGUUCCAGAGUUACCUCACGAUGAUAAAAUUAGUGACGUAUUAAAAAAAGAAAAGGCUACAAAGUCACCUAUUAAAUUACCUCAACACCAAAUUGAAGAUCAGGUUUGGGAGGUAUCUUUUCAAAAGGCAGAUUCAUUUGAAAUGGCUGAUGAUAUACCAAAAUCAUUUAAGCCUGCUGUUACUACUCUAGAAACAUCAACAGUAACAAAAUGUUCUGAUAGUGAUACUACUUUAGAACUAAGAAAGGUUGUUGAAACUAAAACUGAAGUUUUUACUAAGCCUGCUAAAACGGAUAUGUCACCUAACACUUUUGAGAUAACUGAUGAUUUGAGUACUAUAUCUAAAGAUAUAAUGAUAAAAUCUGGUGAGAGCAUUGAUACAGAGUAUAUGAUUAAAUCUUUAGAGUCUCAUGAAGGUGAAGUAUUGCAAAAGUCUAUUGAUUCAACAGUUAGUGCUGAAACAUUACAUGCAUCAGAGUUCUCUACAGAAGCUGAUUCUGCUUAUUUAACAGGAACGGAUCAUAGGAGAGAAGAACUAAAACUGGUGAAAGAAAAGAGUCUUGAAGACAUUUGUAGUAGUGGUUAUGACACUGAUCUUUCCUCUGCCGAGUUUCAUGCAACGAAACUUGAGUCAGAACGGGUGGAUUUUGAUUCAUUAAUGUCUGCUCAGCCACUCGCUGACUUAUCAGUUUUGGAAAAAACCAUAGAUGAAGUCAAGCAGUCUCUUGAAGCAGCACAAGUAGAAAUUAUUAGCGAAAAAAGUGAUGGUAGUAGUAAAUACAAGCAGUCACCUUCGGAAUUCCAAUUUAAACUUUUAAUUAGUCCAGACAGACCAGAGGUUAUAACUGAAGAACCACAACAUGCAGAUGACCAGACCGUAACAAAAUCUGUAAAAGAACAAAUAACUUUAGAUAGUCAACAAUCAGAAAGUAUUUCACAUAAAGUAAGUUCCCAGGAGGAAACAACUUCUGAUGACGAAAGAGAUACAGUUAAUAUAAAAGAAUCUAGUCCACCUUUAGAUGGAGAUAUAUCAAUAAGGUCAGAUAGUGGUCCACAUUCUAUUUUGGAAACAGAAAGUGAAAUUGGUCUUUCCGAUCGAGACGGAUCUUCUAAAGGUAGUCCAGAAGUUAAAUUAAGAGUUCAAAAACAUAUAAAAUCUAAAUUAGGAAUUGUAGAAAGACGAUCUGCGUCGGAAGUAGAAGGAUGGUCUAGUUCUGGUGAAAGUCAUUAUCAUAGCUUUGAGCAAUCUGAAAGUAGGCCUUUAUCUUCAGAUGUAGACGUUAUGAUGACAGCUCAAAGCGGAACAGAGUUCGAAUCUGCUUUGACAAGCCAUGAUAUUUCAUCGCAUUCUUUAAGAACAUCUAAGGAUUAUUAUACAGCAGCAAGUUCUCUCGCUUCAAGAGACAGUAUGAAAAGUCUUGACUCAGAUGGAUCUAGCCACGUAGCUAGUAUUGAUAUUUCUGAUGCGUCUGAAACUCUUGUGCCUUCCGCAAAUGAAUUAAAAGAAGAAUUAAUGGAAAGCACUACGUACAUAGAACAGUUCUUACACGAAACUGAAAAAGAUCAAGCCACAAAAGUUAAAGAUAUAAGUGAGGAUGAAGCAUCUGGUGAUGAAGAUGGGAGUAAAACAAAUCUAACUGAAUCUGUUAGUAAAAUGAAAAGAUCUCAUGAAAUGCGUUUCCAACCGAAAGAAAUGAUUCCAGAACAUUUUCCUAUUGAAAGUGCUCCUGAAAGUAUAGAAAUAGAUGAGCAUUCAUCUAAAGAAAAAGAAACUUCAGAUACAAUAUCUAGUUCUCAAUUAAAAACUGAUAUGUUAUCAUCAUCCAUUUCAAAACUCGAUGUAUCUUCAUCACGAUCAUCUGCACAUACAGAUUCAACAGAAAUAAAAGAAGACAUAACAAAAUCUUCAAUACAUGAUCAACAAGCUUUACCUUUUGAGGUUACUAAAGUAGAUAAACCAAAAAGAGAGUUUGUUGAUGUCGAGAGUGAAAUUAUUCCCGUUGGUUCUUCUGAAUAUGAUGAAAUAGUGCAAUUUGGUAGCAUUGCCACUGAUACUAAAAAACCUUCUAGUCAGGAAACUACCUUUGUAAAAUCAACAGUACAAUUAGAUGAAAGUACACCUGAAAAAGAGGUUACUGAAACUAAAGAAGAAUGCGUGAAAAAGGUUGUGAAAGAGGUGAGUGUUGUUCCUUUUCCAAUUACGGAAAAAAUACCCACCCAAAGAGAAUUUGUUGAUGUAGAAUCUGAAAUAAUACCAAUUGGUUCAGCACAGUAUGAAGAAAUAUUAAAAUCCAAAAGUGAUUCGUCAGUACCUAAGACUAAAGUGGAAAAGUCUGUUGUAAAAACGCCUGAUAGUCAACUAGAAAGUAAACAAAGUUCUACAUCAAGCUUAAAAACGCAUGACCAUUUGUCAACUCCACAAACUCCAUUAUCUGCACCAAGCCAAAGUUCAUUAUCAACAGACAAUGGUCGAGAGUACGUUUUGGAUGAUAUGUAUGAUAUAUCUGAAACACCAGAACUUAAAUCUGAAUUAAUCACAGAAAGCAGUAGAUCGGAUCUUGUUGUAACAACAGAAGAAAAAAUCACACAUGCUUAUGAAAAAGAACAAGAAUCACCAACUAGUGAUGAAUUUGAAAUAUUAGACAAACCAAAUGAAAUGGAUGAUUUCGUUGUUAUAGAGGAAGUUGCUAAAGAAGCACAAGAAACUGAUACUGAAGGUAAAAGUGUACAAAUAAAAACUCAAAAGUAUGUGAAACGUCACGACACGGAAGUGGAAGAAUACUUAUCGAAAACUUCUAAAAAACAAGAAAGUACUAGUAGUACUUCUGGAUCUUUGUCAGAUGAAGAAUUGCUUCAAUAUGAGUUAGAACAAAAAAGAUUACAGGCUCAAGAGCUAGCUGAAAUUGAAGCUGGAAAACGUUGGAUACAAAUGCAGUUUGAAGGAGAUCCUAGGUACGACUAUGAAAGAGUUCCAUUAGAAGAUAUAAAAGAAGAAGAAAUGACUGAUUUUGAUGCUAGCCGAAUUGGUAGUUUGAGUUCUCAAAAAGAAUCAAUAGGAAGCUAUGGGAGUUUUAGAAAUUCAUAUGGAAGUCUCUCUGAAUCCGAAAUGGCUUCACGUAUAAGAUUUCGUGUUAGAGGUGAAAAUGAUGACAUUUCCAUUAGUUCAUUACAAGAAUUUGAAAAUCUAGAAAAGGCAUUAAUGGAACAAUAUCAACAACAUUCUUCAUCUUCACAAGAUUCAUUAAAUGGAUCAUUACCUAGAAGAUAUAUACUGAGUAAAAGUCAAGGUGACGAUAUCUCAGUAUCAAGUUUAAAAGAAUUUGAAGGUCUCGAAUCAGCUUGUCUUGAAGCACUCAAAGCAGAAAUACUUGCAAAGCAAAAAGAGGCUCUUCUGCUUGCAGACCCCAAAGAAGUUAGUAGUUCUUUCUUGGAAAGAGAAAAACGUUCAUACAGUGGAAGUUCUGAAAGUAGCCCUCCUCAGAAAGGAGGCAGUCCUAGCCAAAAGACUGGAAGUCCAUCACAAAAAAGUGGCAGUCCUUCACAAAAGACAGGGAGUUAUGGCAGUCCAUCACAAAAAAUGUUAACGGAUUCAGCAGCCAUAAGAAAGCUUAUUGACCAGCAAAUGGCUGUAGAACAGAAAUUACAGGAAGUAACACCAAAAGUUGUUACUGUUAAAAAGUAUGAUGAUAGAGGUGCAUUUUUUGUACCCGAACCUGAAAUACAACAGGAGUCAUCUGAAUCAAAACCUGCCGAAGUAGUAGAAGAAUGCACAAAAUCAUCAUCUUUUGUUUGUGCUGCAGCGCCUAGCGAUGGUUCAGCAGAAUCUAUACCAGGCGAUUGCGAAGAAAUGAUGAAAAUAUUGGAUCAAGAAGAAAAGUCAAAAAAAUCUAAUGCAGUUACUAGGACAUUUACAGAUGGAGGUGUUAUAGAAGUAGUUAGGACAACAACUGUUAUUCAACAAAAAUUUGUGGAUGGAAAAAAAGUAUCUGAAACUGUAACUAGUACAGAUGGAGAUAGUGCCGUGGAUAUACCAGCGAGACCCAAGCCUUUCGACGAAGGCUCUAUGUCUUAUGGUUCUGAAAUGUCUUCUUCAAUGGUAUCUCAGUCAUCAGAAAUGGAUAGUCUGAUGACUGUUAUGGAAAGACAUACCUCAGAAGGAGAAGUAGUGACAGUUACAAAACAAACAAUAAUAAUGUCUUCUGAUAAACCUGAAGAUUUAGAAUUUUCUAGAGAAGCGAGUGCUAUCCGUGAGCUAUCACCUUCUUCCGGGAGGUCGAUAGCUCAUAGUGUUAUUUCUUUUUCUGGUAAACAAUUCACAGAUCCUGCAAGUGGUUCGUGGAGUGGCCAAGAUGAAGAAUUGAGUUCUUCUGGAAGUUUCAGUAGAGCACGAGCCGAUUUAAUGUUGGGUAGUACCGACAGCUUAGAAGCCACAAGCUCAAACGCCACCAGAGCGACUUACAACUAUGAAGUUGAUACCCCGAUGACUGGAUCUCUUACAUCUGGAGCGGUACGCCCUCCAGGGUCGAACACGAUGGUGUCCUCCCUGGACACCUUGGAUCCAGUGACUACAGUCCAGAUGGAGAGCCUGGAACACCAGUCGACGAGUGAACACUAUUCUCAUGAAUAUGAGGUUCACGAACCCGAUUCAGACACUGAGAGAUUGGAACUUGACGGUCGCGUCCCUCGAGCCAAGGAGAGAACUAUAAUGUUUGACAGCACUGAUACACUUAGUGCUGUCAGCGGUGACAACUCUGUCAAAGAAGCCACUGUAGAAACUCCCGCGCCUACUUUCUACAUCGGAGAAACACCAAUUCUUCGAGGAGAGCGAAGGGACGAAGAAGAAGAAGACGUCCAACCAACCCUUUCAGGGAGCUGUCCGGCGUCGCUACCAACAACGCAGUCAUCGCCACCUAUUCCAGCACAAAGAAGCUGCUAUUGUUUAAGUCACUCUCAAGAAAAGCUCAGCAAAUAGAUCUCUCACAAUGAUCGCGAAAUCUCCACCAUCCAGUUUAGAAGAAACUACAAAGAAAUAGACGUUUAAUAAUUCUGCAUAAGAAUAUCUUUCUUCUUCAGUUCUUUAUUAGCAAAUCUCUUUUUUAUUUAGAAUAAUUCUUACUCAUACAGCUAUCCUAGGCUUUGGCAAGUGCACUGUUGGCUACUUGACGAAAACUAAAAUUGACAAAUUAAGGCAUUUGUAUAAGUAUAGUGUCACUAACUCAAUACCUACUUCAUUAAUUAAACAAUGUAGAGAAAUAUCAAUGUGUACUGUUAAGACAUCUAUUGUGAUAGUUUAAAUCGAGGUCGGUACAUAUUGUACUACUUGCAUUGAAGUCCUAAUUCAUUAAUAUUAACUCUCACAUUUUUACCAGUGAUAGAGUGUUCAUUGGUCUAUAUGACAAACUUCCAACACGGAAUGUUUGACGUUUUGUAGUUAUUCAUUUGUUGGAUAUUUGCCAUAUACGCCAAGUUUUGGAUAAUAUUUUGGUACUCACUUUUGUAUUGGAGUCGGGUUUUUGUACGACGUUGGUCCAUGUAACUUCGACCUAUCCUUUAGAUAGUGCUUAGCUUUUAGACUUGAAGUUAUGCUUAUUCAAUAUAAAGUUAACACUGUAGGACUAUUAACUAUUUUAUAAGAAUUAGGUAAGUAGACACAUUUCUGAUCAAUUUUGAUAUUGGACCUUUGAUGGGGGAUUGAUAAUAAACUUUUUGAUUCUGUCCUGCUCAUAUCUGAAAUAAUUAACAGCGAUGUUUGUCUGGAACAUUGCAAUCGGUUUUGAUUCAUGCACAAUUCUUACGUAAGUAGCUAGGUAGGGAUACAAAAUGUAGGGUAAGCUUCUACGGUCGCCUGAUGAGUUACUCUGAUGAGAUCUCAAUUACAUUAAUUAAGCCUUAGACAUAUUUGUUAAUACAUUUUGUUUAGUUAUGCCAGUUUGUAUAUAUACGUAGCUUUAUACAAUUAAGACAGUUGAUAGUGUAUUUUUGUAAUUCUAGUUUUUUUUUUAAUUCAACUGAAAGUAUCACUCAGUUAUUGAAUAUUUUCGUCCAUUUCAUUUAAGUUGCAAAAUAUUUUAUUUGCAAAAUAAUUGCUAAAUAAUUUUCUUUCCUAUUUCACUAACUUGUGUAUUCUUAUAAUUUAUGUAAUAAUUUUACCUUUGAGCAUAUUUAUUCUUCAUUUGAUAGUUACGUUACUGACAUAUGACUAUUGACCGUAGAUAAAUUUAACCAAAUUAUAAAAUUUGGCCUGGGCUUGCUCACUUCCAAACAUUUGUAUGUUCCAAAGUUAAUAAUCAUGGAGUUAUUGUAUGAUGACAAAUAAUUAACCUUGAUUUUAGACUUGGAGAGGGUAUUAGGAAAAUUCGAUAAACUUCUAUGUUAUCUGAAUUAAUAAGAUCUGGGGUUGAAUCGAAAUCGCUUAAUGUUAUAUUUGGUAUGUAAAUUGAUCUAGACACAAAAGACUAUUUUAACAGUAUUUAAAAUAUUGUUAAUUACAAAAAACGACAAUAUAAAUAUGAAAAUAACUUACAAGUAUAAUACUAACUUGGUAGAUUAAAAAAUAAAAAUGUUUCUCAAAGCGCAUGGACUUUUGACUUUAUCAAAUGCUUUAUACAAAUCAAGUGAAUUCGAUACAAUUCCAGCAAACGGUUUGAGACUGAAGGCGGUAAUAAGAUGGUAUGCUUAGCUAAACCACUAAUUGACGCAGCUGGUUUGCUGUAUCAUUUCAGCGUACCCCCUACCAGUUAAUUGGGGGAUGGGCUUGUAACCAAUCUUGCUAAUAUAAUAAAAUUGAACUGGACGUCGUCUGUAAACGGGAGAUAUUUAAGAAAAAAUUGUUUGAGAAGUCUUAAUAAAACCAAUUGACAUUUUUUAAAUUAUGUUUGUGAUAGUCUGUAUGUUUGUUCCGGCAUCACGCAACAACUACUGUGUCAAAUUGGAUGCAGUUUUUACAAUUAUACUUUUGAAGGUCUAACUUAAAAUCAGGUGUAUGUUUUAUCUUGACACACCAUCUAGAAAUGGUUCAUUGGUUUUCCAGAUUUGAAAUCCACGCGUACGAAGAAGCGGGCAAAAAGAUAGUUUACAAAUAUAAUAUAGUUGAUAUUACGUUCAUUUGAAUCUGUGUGCUUGAGAGUCUCGUGUUAUAUAUUGCUAGUGUCGGUCGCAACGCCCCGUAUUAAGUUUCUAAAGCUGUUUAUUUGCGAUGUUCAAAUUGUUUCACGUUGUAUUUAUAAUGCUGGAUAUUCUAUCAACUAAACUAAAUAUUAUUGAAUAUUAUUAAUAAAAACGCUAUGUCUCAUAUU